AUGGCAAAACCGAGGGGAUCACAGGAAAAUAGUAAUACCCUGGGUAGUCCCUUUAGUGAUCUGGCAGUUGAUUUCGACAACUCAUCCAUAUUGCCAUCACCAACAGAAGAAGGUUUUAAUAGACAUCAUUUACCUCACCCAAAUGGCACUAAUCACAAUAUCGAUGAUGCAUUAUCCGAUGAUUCAGUACCACCAACACCACAGCUAAACACCGAUCGAUUUGAAGGAGGCAGAUCUUCGUCUUUACGGUUCCAGUUACCUCCGGAAACAUCGUCCUCAUCACCACCACCACCACCUUCAUCAUCAUUUGCAACCCCACCAGCCACAUCCUCCUCCUCUUCAUCGAAUCCACUGUUAGGACAACGUCUUCACAGUAACCCGAACAAAUCCCCAUUUCUCGAUCACAACAACACAAUACUCGAAGACGAAGUGUUUGAAAAACCAAAGGCAGUAGAUGAGUGGGAAAAAUCUGACGAAGUUAGUAAUGAUAGUCUGGAAGACAUUACAAAGAGACACAGAUGGGGUACUACAAGAAAUAAACACGGUAGGCCAAAGAAGGAAAAUGUCAGCCGAUCAAAGACUCUCAAAAGAAUAUUACGUCCGCAUGGAGAUAAAAAUGUGUCAGAAGAUGACAACGACAAUCACCACCACAACCACCACAACCACUCUUCUCAUCACCAUCGACUGUUGAAAGCACGUAUAAAGUCUAUUCGAAAACCAAAUACACACACCAUUCAUUUCCCCGAGAGCAACAGAAACGAAUCAGAUUCUGAUGAAAAUAUAGAUCCUGAAGCUGGCGAUCUAAAAAACAGAAAGAAUGAAAAACGAACAAUUGUAUUUAAUAGACCAUUGCCCUCAGAUUUGCUUGAUCCCGAAACGGGCGAUCCAAUCACCGAGUAUCCCAGAAACAAAAUCAGAACAACAAAGUAUACACCAUUAUCGUUCUUGCCCAAAAAUAUAUUCAAUCAGUUUUUCCACAACAUUGCCAACAUUUACUUCCUUGUCUUGAUUAUAUUGGGAGCUUUUGAAAUUUUUGGUGUGCCAUCGCCAGUAUUGGCUGCUGUCCCAUUGAUUGUCAUUGUUAUUAUAACGGCAAUCAAGGAUGCUAUAGAGGAUUCCCGUAGGACGAUAACCGACUUGGAAGUCAAUAACCAAAACACCCAUAUUCUCGGUCAAGUAGAUAAUGAGACCGAUUAUCACUACGAAAACGUCAAUGUCAAUGAUGAAAAAGUUUCAUUAUGGCGCAGAUUUAAAAAAUGGAACACAAAGCAAAUGAUUAAACUAUGGGGUGCUUCAAAACGUAACUUGACAAAAGAAGGUAGAGCCAAUAAGGAACGAGAAAGGUAUAAUCAGGAGCAUAAUAUUUCCGAAGAAAAUGUUCGAAAUUCGUUUGAUAGUGAUAUUGGAUCGCCAAGAGCUUCAAUGGAUGCUAACCCAUUUAGCGAUCAAUUGCGCAAGUCUUUUCAGCAACAGCGUCACGAGGCUCAUCAGCACCAGCAUCAUAAGGUGUUGAAAUUUGUUCGCAAAUAUUGGAAAGAUGUCAAAGUUGGUGAUGUGUUGCGUAUUUACAAUAAUGAAGAAAUACCAGCAGAUGUGGUUAUUUUAUCCACCAGUGAUGACGAUAAUUGCUGUUUUGUCGAAACAAAGAACCUUGAUGGUGAAACAAACUUGAAAGUAAAACAAGCUUUAAAAUAUUCCUCAGUUAAUGACAAAGUGGCCAAAGCCGAUGAUUUAAUGGAUCAUUCGUUUGAGGUUAACUCGGAGGGACCCCAUGCUAAUUUGUAUUCUUAUGAAGGUAAUUUGCAAUACAGUGCCAGAGAUGGACAAGAAAUGCAAGAGGCAAUUACAAUCAACAACUUACUUCUUCGUGGUUGUACCUUGAGAAACACCAAAUGGGCUAUUGGUAUCGUUGUAUUCACUGGAUCUGACACCAAGAUUAUGUUGAAUGCCGGUGUAACACCUACAAAACAAUCGCGUAUGUCUCGUGAGUUAAACUACUAUGUGUUAUUGAAUUUCAUCUUUUUAUUUGUCAUUUGUUUUGUUUCCGGGUUGGUCAAUGGGUUAUACUAUCGAAAACAUGGUACAUCGCGAGAUUUUUUCGAGUUUGGAACUAUUGCCGGCUCCCCCGCUACAAAUGGAUUGGUAGGGUUUUUCGUGGCAUUGAUCUUGUACCAGUCAUUGGUGCCCAUUUCGUUAUACAUUACAAUUGAAAUCAUCAAGACGGCACAAGCGUGGUUUAUAUAUUCGGAUGUGGGGAUGUAUUAUCCUCGAUUGGACUUCCCUUGUACACCCAAAACAUGGUCCAUCAGUGACGAUUUGGGCCAGAUUGAAUACAUCUUUAGUGACAAGACAGGUACAUUGACACAAAAUGUGAUGGAGUUUAAGAAAUGUACAAUUAAUGGUGUCUCUUACGGGUUGGCCUAUACCGAGGCCCUUGCCGGGCUAAGAAAGCGUAUGGGAGUCGAUGUCGAAUCCGAAAGUGCCCAUGAACGUGCCCUUAUUGAAAAGGACAAGGUGGAUAUGAUUGAAAAGUUGCACGAUAUUCUGAAGAACCACACCUAUGAUGAUGAAAUUACAUUUAUAUCGCUGAAAUUCGUUGACGACUUGCAAGGCACCCUGGGUGACCUCCAGCAAGAAUGUGACCACCAUUUCAUGUUGGCAUUAGCAUUGUGCCAUUCGGUAUUGACGGAACAAAGUGAAAAGAAUCCUCACAAAUUAGUAUUAAAGGCCCAAUCGCCCGAUGAAGCUGCUUUAGUGGGUACUGCUCGUACAUUGGGAUUCAAUUUCAAGGGAACCACGAAACGAGGUUUCCUUGUUGAUGAACAUGGCGUAACUAAAGAAUAUCAGGUAUUGAAUACGUUGGAGUUCAACUCAACAAGAAAGAGAAUGAGUUGUAUAAUUAAAAUCCCGGGCAAUGGGCCCGAUGACGAACCUAAAGCUUUAUUGAUUUGUAAAGGUGCCGACUCGAUAAUUUAUGAUAGAUUGUCCAAGACUGAAAAUGAUCCAAAUAUGCUUGAAUCAACGGCUAAGCAUUUGGAAGAGUAUGCCACUGAAGGGUUGAGAACAUUGUGUAUUGCCGAAAGAGAAUUGACAUGGACUCAAUACACCGAGUGGAAUAAACGGCAUCAGGUUGCUGCAUCGGCAUUGGAAAACAGAGAGGACAAGAUGGAAGCAGUGGCCGACUCUAUUGAACGAGAGUUGAUUUUGCUUGGUGGUACUGCUAUUGAAGAUCGUUUACAGGAUGGUGUCCCUGAUGCUAUUUCGUUAUUGGGAGAAGCAGGUAUCAAGUUGUGGGUCUUGACUGGUGAUAAGGUCGAGACGGCAAUCAAUAUCGGGUUCUCGUGUAAUUUGUUGGGUAAUGAAAUGAAUUUGCUUGUGAUCAAGACAGCUUAUUCGAAUGAAGAAUUGGAGAAGAUGGAGCUAAGUCUAGGACACGGAAAUGGCGAGGCCCAAAUUAUCGAUACAGUCAUUUCGCAUUAUUUGCGCACGAAUUUCGGAUCAUCGGGUUCAGUUGAAGAGCAAGAGGCAGCAAUUGGCGACCACACACCUCCCGAUGAGCGCUUUGGUGUCAUUAUCGAUGGUGAUGCAUUGAAAUUGGCCUUGCUUAACCCUGACACCAAGCGCAAGUUUCUUCUCUUGUGUAAGAAAUGUCGAGCUGUCUUGUGUUGUCGUGUGUCACCGGCACAAAAAGCAGCAGUGGUCAAGUUGGUUAAAGAUACAUUGGAUGUGAUGACGUUGGCUAUUGGUGAUGGGUCGAAUGACGUGGCCAUGAUCCAGGCUGCCGAUGUUGGUGUCGGUAUUGCUGGUGAGGAAGGACGUCAAGCGGUUAUGUCAUCCGAUUAUGCUGUUGGGCAGUUUAGAUUUCUUGCUCGAUUGUUGUUGACACACGGAAGAUGGUCGUAUAAGCGAUUUAGUGAGAUGAUUCCUAGUUUUUUUUACAAAAACAUCAUUUUUAAUGUGGCAUUGUUUUGGUACGGGAUUUAUUGUGAUUUUGAUGGCACGUAUCUAUUUGAAUUCACGUAUCUUAUGUUUUACAACUUGGCAUUCACUUCGUUACCAGUCAUCUUUUUGGGUAUAUUUGAUCAAGAUGUUGAUGCCAAGGUGUCGUUAUUAGUCCCUCAAUUGUACCGCUCGGGGAUCUUGCGGAUUGAAAUGAGUGACAUGAAGUUCUACAUUUAUUGUCUUGAUGGUAUUUAUCAAUCGGCAAUCUCAUACUUUUUCCCAUACUUGUUGUAUGUCGUUGCAUUCCCCAACUCUAAUGGAAGACCAAUGGAUCACCGUUUUUGGAUGGGUAUUUUGGUGACGUGUAUUGCAUGUAUUUCAUGCAAUUGUUACAUCUUGUUCCACCAAUAUCGAUGGGACUGGUUGAGUUCGUUGAUUGUCGCUAUAUCCAUCUUGAUUAUAUUCAUUUGGACAGGACUAUGGACAGUCAAUGUGUCUUCGAGUGGAGAAUUUUACAAAGCGGCACCCGAAGUGUUUGGUAUGACAUCGUUCUGGGCAUGUAUGUUUAUUGGUAUCUUGUGUUGUUUGAUUCCGCGAUUCUUUUACGAUUUCUUGCAAAGAUUCUUUUGGCCACGAGAUGUCGACAUUAUUCGUGAAUGUAUCCAACGUGGUGAUUUUGCUGCGUAUCCAGAAGACUAUGACCCUACUGAUCCGGAUCGACAAAAAAUCAGUUCGUAUUCAAGCAAUGUCGUAAGCAGACUAAGCAUGAGUUCAAAAAGACAUCUGGGCGGCCCAGCACACAAGGACCAUACCACAACUUCGUCAUCGAAUGAAGAAUUAUCCAAUGGCAGUGGCAGUUACAAUCGUGCUGAUGUGUUUGAGCAAGUCAAUGGUGAUCAAAGUUACCAAAACCCACCAACUCCACCGCCAGGAGUCAUGAUGUCGCCUAUCAGAAAAAGAGCACAACGGUCAAUGAGAAACAUGUUUGGUGGUGGAAAACGAAGCAGUUCUGAUCCAUAUUUCAAUACUAAUGGCACACAAGAAUCAGUACAAACUGAAGAGAUUCCAUUGGAUGAUUUCGAUACUAAUCAGCGAAAUAUGGCUAGAGUCAGUUUUGAUAAUCAAAAACGAGUUAGUUCCCUGUAUCAAUAG